AUGUCCUCGCCCGUGCCUGGCGCCCAUGGGACUCUGCAUCCCCCCGUCGCCAGCCGCCAUAAUGAAGCUCAUGGGAUCAGACAGCGGCGCUCGACCAACGCUCGGGGGAUAAGCCACAGGCUGAGUGCAGGGUGCUGGGCGUGGCUUGGCAGCCCCUCGCCCGCUUCCGGACACCCGCUCGCACUCCGCACACGCCCUGGCCUGGCCCAGGGCCCCGGUCGACACUACCGCAAAUCCCCCCAUAAUCAGUCGCCGAGGGCCCCCACUCCCCUUGCACGAAGACUCUCCCCCAUCACGGCUGGCCUGUGUCGGAUCACGUCUGGUGAGCCCUUCUCUCUUUCCCGGGCCUCCAUGCGGCCGGCCUCCGUGCGUGCGGCACCAGCGGCGGGGAGCAGGGCCUCCCCAGUCCGUAACGUGUUCCGCCUCCAGCCAGCCCAGCCCCGCGCCCAAAUUCCCAAUGCAGGAGGCUUGCCAGACGGACUGGCCACUGUAUCGAUCUCUUCCCCAGCCUUGGCCGUCCGUUCUCGCCGACAUACAAUGCCUUCCCCCCCCUCGUUUCAGCGUCCGCUGGCCCAUACACACACUCCUCCUUUGUAUAGCCUCCGAAACACGAUGGCCCGCUCCCUGCCAAGCCUCUCUUACCACAGCCUACUGACUGCCCUUCCUGCCCCAAACCAUGCCCUAGAAGCGCUAUAA